AUUUCAAAUCUGCGAGUGCGAUUGAGUUUUGAAAAUACGCAUACACCAAUUUUUAGUUUUACGCCGUCCGAUUUUGCUCCUUCUGGUUCUGGCCUUUGAGUUUUCCUUUUCAUUUUUUCACCACAACCAGCGACACAAAAAGAAAAUAAUACGCGAUGUUGUGCGGAACUAGUAGCUACGUGGGCGAGUUGAUGAUGAGGUCGAACUCUAGUAUGUUCUUGUUGACUACUGCUCCUUUUUAGUGAAGGCAUACAACUAGUACUUCGGCUGUAGAAGUUUUUACCUCUAUUGGAUGUGUCUGCCCUGCUUAUAAUUUGCUGCUACCAAGUCGUCGUACUCGUAGGACUACAAGUGGUUCCACUGCGACAGUGAUAAUUUUCGAAGAUUUAUAUAUCGACGAGCGAAGUGAAAGCCCAAACCAUAGCCAAUCGACAACGAUGUUUACCCAAAUCGAGCUACAGGACGACAUUCUCCUCUCCCCGAAGGAGUUCCCGCCUUUGCCUUCCUCCCUCACGACAGGCAGCACCACGACCCCAUUAUCAACCGCAAAUAUGUCUGGGUCUGGAAGGAUGGAACUUGUGAUGCUACCUUUGAUCUCCACACAAUAUCUGUAAAUUGCAUGAACAGCAGCAGAGAUGCAAUUUUUGCUACGCGGAGAGGGCAUUUCUCAUGCGGUAUGAGCAUCAGAAAGCCCGCGCGGAAUCUCUGAUGGUGCUAGGGCAUGCAUCGCUGACCUCAUGAGUCAUGCAAAAUCUGCAUGACAAACUCCUGCAUUCUUCCAGACCCAGACAUAUUUGCAAUGCAUACCCAUCCACAGUUGACGACAACUCCCUCGACCACGAAAAUACCAGGGCAGCGGCCGCAAGGCCCGUCCCGCGUAAUAUAAAAUUACAGAGGCAGUUGCGGAUUAAGUACCAGCUGUUUAAGAAGCUGAAUGAGAAGUACGCGGACCGGGUGCUGCCCAAGCACGGCUACUGCCUGCACGCGGAAAAGAUCACCGCGAUUUAUCAAGGAAAAAAAACUGUGUAAGUGUAACUUUGUAGGAAAAACAGCAUCACAAGUUCGUUUUGCAUUACAGGGAAAUAAACCUGUCAUGCGCAGCUAGCACGUGGAAACACGCAUGAAAGUUGCCUAUGGCGCACAUCCAGCAUGACAAGCGUAUACACUUCUGCAUUUCCUGCAUCACAGUCUUACACUUGCACCGCUUUUUUCUUGCAUAGGAUUCACAACGGAAACAAUCUGAUCCCGGUGUCCGACGGGGGCAAGCAUUUCUAUCCUGAGUAAAAACGUACCCACACCAGAGUUGUAAUGCAAAUCUGCAUGGUUGAAAAUGUUUCUCAUGCGGAGCCCUAUGAGAAGCAUUUUCUAGUCGUGUUUUGCAAUUUGUCAUGCUCCAAGCAGCAUGGUAUGCUAGAUCUGUGAUGCUGCUGAGCUAGCUCAAACAGCACUACACUACGAAUCCAAAUUUGUCAUGCAAAACAGCCAAAACUUGUGGAUUUGUCUAGCCGAUUCCCCAUCUUGACUAUGGUGUGGGUACGUUUUUCCUCAGGAUAAUUUCAACGGCGGCGUCAUUUUCCGGGUUUGCUUCACGUUGAUCAUCUUCCGCCCCGAGAUCGGCGAUGUUCUGGAGGGAAAAGUCAUCGAGUCCACCGUGUCCGGGCUGAAAAUUGGGGUGAUGGGCGUGAUAUGCACUGCAAAAGGAUCGUAGUCGUAUAGAUGCAUUACAAAUUUCCUCAGCAUGAGAAAUAAAAUUUGCAAUGCGGAUUUGCCUUUAAGAAAAGGAGUUGUAAUGCGUGAUCGCAAUACGAAUACGAUACUUUUGCACAGGAUACGUGAAUUUUCACUCCGUGUUUCUUCCCCGCCGGGAUCUCCAGGACGUCUCGGUGUUUUGCGAAACCGAGAAGCUCGAGGUGCUGAAAGCAACCGCUAGUGCUGGGACGACCUCGAACCAGUACGGGGGGGAGGGCGAUGAUCGUGAUGAGAUGGAGGUCGAAGAUGGUGCACAGGACGAAAACCUCCACCCGAGCACUGAGCUGGCUCUGGUUGCGGUAGACACGGCAACUGCAGAACAAGGAGGAACAAACAAACCUUAUAGCCCCGGGCUAUCAAACGGGCAAGACUCCGACGAAGCGCUGCCUAAGCCGACGCACCGACUAAAAUCGGUCAUCACCAACAGCACGGCGCGCAUUAUUGAGAGCGUGAACAAGAACCUAGUAGGGGGUGGCAAUCUGGACAAAAAUCGCGGAAACCACAACAAGAAGAUGCGCAAAAAUAGAAUGCGCAGACGACGCGGCAGCGGAGGGGCGGCUGAAGUUGAUGAAAAUGAAGACGGGAUGAUGACCACCGCCGCCGCCGCCGCAGUAUUACAAUGCAAAAUGCCCCCACCCCACAUCAAAACGCAAAUCUGUGAUGGAGAUUUGUGGUCACAAAUCAGCUUUGUCAUGCUACAAGGGAAAAGGUGCAGACUUUAGUACUGGGCUGCAUGGGAAAGCUUUGCAUCUUCAGCAUGACAGGAGGCAGCUGGAAUUGAAAAUCAGCAUCACAAAUCGCCUGCAAACGAGGCCACAACUGCGGCCCCUGGCCUUCUAGCAAUACAAGUCGAUUUGUGUACUCAAAUACAGCAUCACAAAUUUCGUUUUCGAUAUGGGGAGGGGGGAUUUUUCCUUUUGAUACGCAGAUCAAGCUGUAGUGAGCGAGGAGAAGGCGGAGUUUGAGGGUUUGAAAAGUGUGCUCGCCAAACUGCCCGAAAGAGCGAGCGCUGAUAGUAAUGUUGACCACGCCUUCGACCACGGUGCUGACGACGAUGACGAUUUUUCCCCAGGUGGACCAGCGGGAGGGAAAAGUAUAUGAAAUGCAAAUAUCUCUGGAGGUCUGGAAGAAUGCAUGUUUGUCAUGCUUGUCUGGCAUGCCUCUUACAUCUGUCAUGCACGUUACACAAGAGUUCCAUUUUUCUGUCAUGCAGCGACGCAGUUUGUCAUGCAGAAUAGGCAGCACCUAGAAGCUCAGAAACCUGUCAUGCUGAGCCAGCACUUGUGGCCUCCUCAUGAUACCCCACCCAGCAUCACAAGUUUCCAGACGCAGACAUAUUUGCAAGGCAUAAAGUAAUCCGCUGAACAAUACCGCCGGGAAGUGGUUCUGGGACAGCCAGCAAAUCACCAACCGCUAUCACAAGGAAAAAUCCCCCCUCCCCAUAUCAAAAAAAAGUUUCUGAUGCUGGAUUUGCGUAUGCAAAUCAGGUUUGUCUUGCAGUAGAGGACAGCAGGCUCCUGCCAAGCCUGAGUAGAGAGCUUCUGGCCUAGGCGCUUAGCAUGAGUAACGUCCAUGCUGUAGGCCCGAUAGCAUCACAAACCGCCUGCACAAUGCGGCAGAGCCUGUGGAGCUGUCUUCUUGCAAGACAGACGUGAUUUGUGGUCUCAAAUCAGCAAGACAAAUUUCCGAAAACAUACCUCUUCGAUAUGGGGAGGGGGGAUUUUUCCUCUCAAUAACCGCGGCAAGCUCUUUGCGGAGGCGGUGACGGCGAGCGACGGCGGUCUAAUGCCGGACAGCUUAUCCUAUGUAAAAACGUCCCCACCCCAUUACUAUCUAUUAUAUUCAUGCGAAAAAAGAGGUCUACAGAGGAUAGAAGAGAGGUGGCCGAGAGGUCAAAAAGAGGUGAAAAGAGGUCAAAAAGAGGUCCACAGAGGUGGAGAGGUGGCGCGGGAGGUCAUUCGGGAGGGUGGCCGAGAGGUGGCGCGGGUAUAGCCAGCCGAACCGGUCGCCCUAAAGCCGCGCCUAUGGGGGACGGAGGUGGCCGAGAGGGUCGGGGGAGGGUAAGCGAGAGGGGGACAGAGGUUCCGAGAGGUUGCGCGAAUAAGGGCGAACCCUUCGCGCACCCUCUGGGCCACCUCUCGGCCACCUCUGUAGACCUCUACCGGCGAGUAUAGCCGGACUAUUAGCAAAACCUCUGGGGAGAGGCCAAAAAGAGGGCGCGCGAGAGGGUAAAAAAGAACCGAAUCCGCCCGGCACGAGGCCGAUUUUGGUGGGACUGUUUCAUGGCGCAGGCCCACACCUUUCGCGCUACCCUCUCGCGCAACCUCUCGCGGACCCUCUCGCGCCAACAGUUUCCGCCGGGGAGCCAGUCGGGCGGGGGCGGGCGUGUGUGUGAUCAACAAAGGGCAACGCGGUCCCAGUUCUGCUUCGGCACCUAUGCCGAGGCGGCUUCUCUUCGCCCCCAAGCCUCGCUGCAGCUGCUCCCUGCGCAUAGCGCCUGAAGGCGCGGGAAGCGCGCAGGAGGCCCUGCGGGUUGACAUGGAGCAAACCGGCGCCGAUACUUCCUUCGAUCUGUCACGCUGUCCGUAAAGCCCUGUCGUUGUGGCCCGAUCCGCAAAUAGUCCUGCCCCGCCCCAACAGCCUUGCGCCCCGGCGUCAGCCGGGGCAUGGCUGGUAGUUGUCAUGCAAAUCUGCGUGGUAAAAAUGUUUCUCAUGCGGAGCCCCAUGAGAAGCAUUGUCUAAUUGCGUCUUCGAAUUUGUGAUGCUCGAAGCAGCAUGAUAUGCUAGAUCUGUGAUGCUGCUGGAGAUAGCUAAACAGCAUUACGCGACGAGGCCGAACUUGUCAUGCGGAGUGACCAAAGCUGGUAGAUUUGUCUAGCAGAUUUCCCAUCUUGACUACGGGGUGGGCACGUUUUUACAUAGGAUGCAGCUUACUGGAGUACCGCGUGAACGGACGGAUCCGGUUUCACGUCAAGGACGUGCAGUUCGCAAGUUUGGAGCAUAUCAAAUGCAAAAAUGCCUGGGUCUGGAAGGAUGUAACUUGUGAUGCGCAUUUCAGAACACAGAAAAAUCUCUCAUGCAUAGGUAGCAAAAGCUGCCCAGUUUCUGUCACCAAAGUGAGGGAUUUGUCAUGCGGAUUUGGCAUUGCGGAAGCUUCUCUAAACCUGUGAUGCUAGAGCUUUCAUGCCAGACCUUCUGUGUCAUGCAAAAAUAGCAUGACUCUUCCAGACCCAGACAUUUUUGCAUUUGAUAGAGCAGAUGCAGAAGCAAGACUGCAAGUGCUCCCCCAUGAACAUCUUCGGUGCGUGCUACGGGACCGGGCUCGGGAUGGUGGACUGGUGGAGCGAAGAGGACGGGGGCGAGGACGAGGACGUAUGACAGUGCACACGAACUCCCCCCCCUCAAUUGUCAUGCAAAAUCCCAAAUCCAGUUGCUUCCCUGUGGUACUCUUUGCAUGACAAAUUUCGAAAGCCCAAACAGUACUACUACAGCAGGCACAUAAAUUUGUCACGCACAGGCUCCAGGGUAGUUGCUGGCGUUUGUACUGUCGUUCAUGCAAUACAAAUGAGGGGGACGAGGGGGGGUUGUGCACUGUCAUAGGACGACGAGGAGUUUCUUCCAAAUGAAGACGCAAUGCUGCAUGGCGAGGAUGUCGACGGAAAUCUGAACCACGGGGAAGAAGACGAGGAAGACCACGGUGGUGGUGCUCUAUCAAUUGCAAGUAUGUCUGGGUCUGGAAGAUUCUGCGACUUGUCAUGCACGUUUUGCAUGCGUCUGCGUCAUGAUCGAUCUUUGAUGCGUGCCCUAGCAUCACAAAUGUUUUGAGGGCCUCUUGAUCAUGCCUAUUCCGCAUGACAAAAGCAUUCUCCGCGUACUGCAAAAAUUACAUGCCCUCUGCUGCUCACGCAAUACAGAUUUUUUUGGAGUCCAAAUGCAGCAUCACAAGUUGCAUUCUUCCAGAAAUCCAGGGAUAUUUGCACUUGAUAUGCUAUGCUGGAUGACGAUGUUGGGCAAGAGGACGACAUGAAUGACGAAGAAGAACCAUUUGGGGAGUGAUAUAAUGACGAGGAGUGAUAUACUGAGCCAAUCCUCGAUCUUCCCUGUCGCUCGCAUAGAAUCAUGGAACACAGUAAAAGCAUUCGUUUUGCUAGAAGUACAAACGCAAUGGCAGCACAUUGCGUUUUUAUAUAACGUGUUUUAUUGUUACGAAUACGACCCUUACCCUAGAGGAAAUGUUCGCAAUCGCGUGGCAAAUCAUCUCUUUUUGUGAAGAUGUAGAGCAAACUUGUGGCGCAACUAAACCUGCAAAUGAAGAUCC